GCAAACGAUGGCAGGUGUCGCGGCCCGGCAACUGCCGGCGAUGGGGCUGUCGGCGGUGCUGCUCCUGGCGUUGUGCGCGGCGGGUGCGCGGGCGCUCUAUUUCCACAUUGGCGAGACCGAGAAGCGCUGCUUCAUCGAAGAGAUCCCGGACGAGACCAUGGUCAUCGGGAAUUAUCGCACCCAAAUGUGGGAUAAGCAAAAAGAGGUCUUUCUGCCCUCAACCCCUGGCCUGGGGAUGCAUGUGGAAGUGAAGGACCCUGAAGGGAAGGUGGUGCUGUCCCGGCAGUAUGGUUCCGAGGGCCGCUUCACUUUCACUUCCCACACUCCUGGUGACCAUCAGAUCUGCCUGCACUCCAACUCUACCAGGAUGGCUCUCUUUGCUGGUGGCAAACUGCGUGUGCAUCUAGACAUCCAGGCGGGGGAACAUGCCAACAACUACCCUGAAAUUGCUGCCAAGGAUAAGCUGACAGAGCUACAGCUUCGAGCCCGCCAGUUGCUCGAUCAGGUGGAGCAGAUCCAGAAGGAGCAGGAUUACCAGAGGUAUCGUGAAGAACGCUUCCGUCUGACCAGCGAGAGCACCAACCAGAGGGUCCUGUGGUGGUCCAUUGCUCAGACUGUCAUCCUCAUUCUCACUGGCAUCUGGCAGAUGCGUCACCUUAAGAGUUUCUUUGAGGCCAAGAAGCUGGUGUAAUGCUUUCUUCCCAUAUGACCCUUCCCUUUCAUCUCAAUACCUUGCCCAUGCAAUACUUUAUUCACCUGGAUUUUGAGGGUGAAAAAAUGAAAAGAAAAAUAUACAUAAGCUACGUUGGUUCCAUCACAACAACCAUUCAAAUCAGCCCCUUGUUCACACUAGUUCUCAAGGACACAGGACAUUGGUCAAAGCUUUCAAAAUGCUUUCUUAGGAUUUGUGAAGAGUCUGAACUGACCCAGGACUAAGUCUUGCAAUAUUUCCCUGUGUCCUUCCACAGAAUGAACAAACGAAACAUCUCUUCUACUCUGUUCGUCUACUUAUGCAGUAGGUGACUGGAAGGCCUUACCACGGAGGCCCCUGCCUCACUACUCCCUAGUCACUCCUGGGUUCACUCAGUUGCUUUGUGAAUGUAAAUAAGGGGCAGAUCUUUGGCCUCAGAGGAUUGAGUUUUUUUUAUAUAUUAGAACUAUUUUUUGAUAAAUUAUAUAUUUUCCUGCCUAGUUGAAAUGUGACUUCCUGUGUGUGAAUAGCUGCAAACACCAAUGCAGUCCCUUUUGCAUUAUGUUUUUCCACACGUUUUUGAUAACUACCACAGCAGCUCAGUUCAGUGGUCCCUAAGGCAGAAAGCAGAUAUCAUAGUUGCUUGCAAUGCCUUAUCAGAGGACAACGCAGAGCAUUCUCUUGGAUACCUGUGAUUUCCAUCACAUAGAGCCUUGAAGUAAAAGGUAAGGUGAUAACAGUUACAGAGCUAAUAGAAGACUGACUGUAUUCUUUACUCUCCUGUUUCCCUUAAAUUUUAUUUAAGGUGUGGUAAAUGUUUUUUUCCUGAAAAUCAGAUUUGGUUCUUUAUACAGAUUUUUCCAGUGAAAUAAAAUUUGUUGUACUA